AAUUGGGUCCAAUGCUCAUGAUGCCCAGAUGACGCUGCAAGCAUCGAUGCCAUUUGGAGGGAUCAUAUGCAUCACAUGGAGACAUGACACAUGUCCUGCAUGCAGUGUUAUUCAGCUACACCUUUUCCCAUGUGUCACUCCAUAACCCAAAUCAUACCCUCUCCCUCGUAAUUUAGAUGAAGACUAGGGGCAAUCCCCCAAAUCCAAAGCCGCCACCAUUCCCUCUUCGUUCCCAAAGUACUCCUUCUUCCUCUCCUUAUAUCUCUCUUUCCCCAAUUUCCCCACACAGAGAAACCUUAAUUCUAACCCUAGCAUGGAUCUGGAACCGGAGGAGCUCCAAUUCUUGGGUCCCGUGGGGAUCUACCAUGAGGCGUCCAAGAUCGUGCUCUCAUGGCGACGUCUCUUCUCCCAGAUCGCCCUCGCCCUCGUCCUCCCCCUCUCCAUCCUCUACCUCGCUCACAUCUACGUCACCCACCUCCUCUUCUCCAAGAUCGACCGCAACGAGGACGCCCUCAACGAUGCCCCCCCGGGAUCCCCCUCCCAAUCUGCCAUCCUCUCCCGCCUCUCGUCCGAAUGGUCCGCCUUCCUCCUCUUCAAGGCCGGCUACCUCCUUGCCCUCCUCGUCCUCUCCCUCCUCUCCACCUCCGCCGUCGUCUACUCCGUCGCCUCCAUCUACACCGCCAAGGAGCUCUCCUUCUCCAAGGUCCUCUCCGUCGUCCCCAAGGUCUGGCGCCGCCUCAUGGUCACCUUCCUUUGGGCCUUCCUCCUCCUCUUCACCUACAACAUCGCCGCCGUCUUCGUCAUCGUCCUCGCCGUCCUCUUCCUCGGCCCCGCCGCCGCCCUCCUCCUCCUCCUCUACGCCGCCGGCCUCGUCUGGAUCAGCGUCGUCUGGCACGUCGCCAGCGUCAUCUCCGUCCUCGAGGACGCCUGCGGCAUCGAGGCGAUGCGAAAGAGCCUGAUCCUCAUCAAGGGCAAGACCUGGACGGCAAUCGCCAUCUUCGUCCUGCUCUACGUCUCCUACCUGGGUGUGGAACUGGGUUUCAAAUUCCUGGUCGUCGAGGGGUCUUACAAAAAUCUUGGGGUGGGUUUCAGGGUCGGAUCGGCGGUCCUGAUGCUAUCCUUCCUUUGCCUGGUUCUUCUCUUCGCCUUGGUGGCCCAAACCGUGGUUUAUUUCGUGUGCAAAUCCUACCACCACGAGAGCAUCGAUAAGUCGAGCCUGGCCGACCAUCUCGAGGUGUAUCUGGGCGAGUACGUCCCCCUCAAACCCAGGGACGUCCAACUGGAGCAGUUCCAUGUUUGAUUUGACCAUAUAUCAUACAAUACGAGUUCAACAAAUGAACGGUGGAUGAUGAUGAUACAAUGUUGUAAUAAUAAUCAUAAUUCAUCAUAGCUUCUAUAGUUAAGAUUUACGCCCAAUUUUUUUGUCGACUU